CAUAAUAAAAGUGAGGUUGGGGUGUCGUGAAAGUAAUUAUAAUUUCUCGUUUCCUUUGAUUUUUUCGUUGAUUUUCUCUGUAAAAUGCACAGAGGUGAUAAAAUGGAGGAAACUACGUUGCAAUUACUGGAUUUCGCCGAAACAAAGCUGGAGGAAACCGAUCACGAUUAUUCUGCAAAAAAGUAUGAAACGGAUAUAAAAUCGGAAGGUUUUUUGGAAAAUUAUAUAGACGAACCCGAGAAUUUGCCUGGGUACAAUGAAUUAAGGUACGAAGAAGACAUAGAAAUGAAUAACGACAGUGGAAACAUUGAGGACGAGAUUCACACAGUCAAGUGUACUACGUGUAAAAUGAACUUCAUCAACAAUGUACAGUUGAAUAUACACAAUAUGGUGCACCAAAAGUGCGACAAGUUUUUCUGCUGCGACAUCUGCAAACGCAAAAUACAAAAUAAAUACAAGUUUGAGGAGCACAUUCAAAAGCACAUGUGUUUGAAGCCUUUUGUGUGCGGGCACUGUAACGAGAGGUUUAGCAGCAGCAAAGACACCAAAAUUCACAUGCAAACCCACACAAAUAGGCCUUUUUCUUGCAAUUUGUGCGAGAAAUGUUUUACAAGCAAAGGUAGCCUCAUGGCGCACAAAAUUAUGCAUAUGCCCUCAAAUAAGUUUAAGUGCAAGUUUUGUCGCAUUGACUUUCCAUCGAAAUUAAGUUUGCAACUGCACGUUUCGAAGUUCCACGACAUGGUUAAAUCAUACAGAAACCUUUCGCUUCCUGGUAUCGCCGGCAAUGGUUUUAAAUGCACCCAUUGCGACAAAAUUUACAUGUCCAAAUCCAGCCUUAAAGUUCACAACUUAAGUCACGCGACGCGCGUGCAGAAAAUUGUUGUUGUGAAGUAAUUCGUUUUUUAAAUAUUCAUCCUCACUUGCCUCGGUGCGCUGAUACAACUAAAAAAAUGCUGUGAUAACAGUUAUUUUUAUUGAAAUUGUAUUGUUUUCCUACUAUUAUUUAUAUUGUAUUUAAAUUAAUGUUUAUAGUUUAGUUCAUUUGGAGUUUCUUUUUUUUAAGAAACACCCUGUAUAUUGGAGAUUUUAAGCUUAUUUUAGCUUAUGUUGGUGUGGUUAUAGAUUAAUAUUCAAAUAUACUCAUUAUAUAAGCUUUUUAUUAUA